UUCACACGCGACUAGUUUCAGAGAGAUUUUAGGUAAAAGCGAUAAAAAUAGAUAAAAUGCCGUCUCACAUCAUGCUCUCCUACCAGUGGGACAACCAGGCUCUGGUGAAGAAGAUCUACAACCGCCUCAGAGACGAUGGGCUGCCAGUGUGGAUGGACGUAGAAGGAGGGGUGAAGGGGAACAUCAAUGAUGCGAUGGCUGCAGGCGUGGAGGAGGCCGUGGUGAUUUGCCCCUUCAUGACCCCGGAGUACCAGGCGUCCCGCAGCUGCAAGAAGGAGCUCAACUACGCCGACACCAGGGCGGUCCUCGUGGUGCCCGUCAUGCUCACCAAGAACUGGGAGGCCAGUGAGUGGCUGGGGCUGAUCACUGCAGGCCUGCUGUGGGUGGACUUCAGAAAUGCAGAAAAGGACGAGGAGAUCUUUGAGAUGUGUCUCAGAUCUCUGGAGGAGGAGAUCAUGUUUAACGUUGGUCACCUCCUGGCCGUAGAGGAAGCUCCCAGAGAGGAGGAGGAGGAGGAUGAACCAGAGCCACCGAAACCCUGCCUGAAAAAGAAACCAGGCCGAGGGUUCCGUCACGCCGUCUCCGAGCUCUACAUCCACGACUCAGGCGAGCAGAUGACCCCCCCGACCACUGAGAGCAGAAACACAGUGGAGCUGAGUGAGGCUGCAGGAGAUCACUGCUACUGGGAGGAGAUGAAGGGAGACGGCUGUAAGUUCUACAGGAACGUGGUCACCAACAGAUUCCUCGGAUUUGACUGGAUCAGGAAUGAGGUCCACUCUGAGGUCAGCCCCUCCGAGUCCGAGGAGUGGCUGCUGCUGGUGGACCAGACGGACCAGAGCCACAAGAGAGCCGUCAUCAUCAAGCACAAGUGCUCGGGGAGUUUCCUGGCGGUCCGAGACGGCAACUUCCUCGGACUGACGUCGUAUGAUGAGGACUGCAAGUGGUUUUUGGAGUAG